CAUUUUCUUCACUGGUAAUUUGGUGAGAGGGAGGCAGCAAUGGCGAUUUCAAGAGUGAAAACCCUGAAAGCUCUUUCAAAUUUUAAAUCAGCACUCAAAUAUUAUUCCUUUCGACCAUCUUCACUUCGUAGAUUCUCUUCGUCCAAUGUCUCACCUGUUUUGGAGAGGAUAGGAUUUAUUGGACUUGGCAAUAUGGGUUUUCAUAUGGCGAAUAAUCUAAUUAACGCCGGAUACAAAGUCUGCAUCCAUGACAUAAACAGUAGUGUGAUGGAGAAGUUCUCAGGUAAGGGAGUUCUAGCCAAAGGAACACCUUUUGAGGUUGCAGAAACAAGCGAUGUUGUGAUCACAAUGUUGCCUUCAUCUUCCCAUGUGCUAGAUGUGUACACCGGACAAAAUGGUCUGCUUCAUGGAAGGAAUCCCCUCACACCAUGGUUAUUUAUAGAUUCAUCAACAAUUGAUCCCCAGACUUCAAGAGGACUUUCUGCGACUAUUUCUAAUUGUGCACUAAAAGAAAAUAAAGUUUGUGGAGGCUCCCCUGUCUUGUUGGAUGCCCCUGUUUCUGGAGGUGUUCUUGGUGCAGAAGUUGGAAGUCUUACUUUUAUGGUUGGUGGCUUGCAGGAAGCUUAUCUGGCUGCAAAACCCAUAUUUCUCUCAAUGGGAAGAAACACAAUUUAUUGUGGUGGGACUGGAAAUGGCGCUGCAGCAAAGAUCUGUAAUAAUUUGGCAAUGGCUGUAAGCAUGCUCGGGGUGUCAGAAGCAUUUUCACUUGGCCAGUCUCUGGGAAUUACAGCAAGUACAUUAACCAAGAUAUUCAAUUCUUCAAGUGCACGGUGUUGGAGUAGUGACAGUUACAACCCAGUUCCUGGAGUGAUGGAAGGGGUACCUGCUUCAAGAAAUUAUGAUGGCGGAUUUUCUUCUAAGCUUAUGGCGAAAGAUCUAAAUCUUGCUGCAGCAUCAGCUGAAGAAGUCAGUCUUAAGUGCCCCAUGACAUCCCAAGCACAAGCAAUCUACAUGGGGCUUUGCAAGGAAGGUCACGAGUCCAAGGACUUCUCUUGUGUUUUCCGUCACUACUAUGGCAAAGAUGAGCUUUAGGUUGAUGGCUAAAGCAGCCAUACUGUAGAUUUGUAAAGAUGCCGAAAUGUCCAAGGACUUUUGUUUUCUGCUGCUACUACUUGGGCAAGAACAUGCUUCAGUUUUGGUAGUUGGAAGCAGCCGUUCUUGGUAGAUGCUGUGGAUUAGGCAGCUUGGAUCUUCUUGCUGUCCCAGCCUCAACUUAUGAGUUAUGACUGCAACACAUUCUAGGAUUCAGGACAAUGUGUUAUUUGCACAACUUAUGUUGGCAUAGUCAGAUUCCUGAUAUGUGCAUCUUUGGUUGAAGUGUCAUUCAACAUUGUUGAGCCUUGGUCUGGGGAUCAAAUCCUGUGCUUUUGUUGCACAUUGAAAAUUAUGUCAUUUUACUCCAAUACCAAUUUCUUUUUAUCCAUUUUCCAAUUGA